UGAAGGGCCCCAGCUUGUCACUCUCUGUUUAUCUACUGAGAUGGUUCAUAUUCACACAGGCUUAGCUGGGGUGGAGGGAGGCGGGGAUGCCUCUCCCUGGGGGGUAGUGACUUACGGAGAGGAGGGAACGCGGCCAGAUAAUGCUCGCAGCGGCCCCACCCAGAACAGCGUGGGACUGCCUAGGGAAGGGAGCCCAGUGCGGAUCCGGAUGGCCCGGAACGGUUUUGAAGUUAUUUAUCCGUGUUUCUCCUGUUCCCUCCACCUCCAGUGCUUUUUCUAGUAGGGGUUGCCAAGCACAUCUGGAAAGCUAGGUUCCCGGCCCCCCCACCCCGGCAGGAGGAGUGUAACCCGGGGAGGCCACCUCUCUGACAUAUGUGGUAGGGGGGAGGGGCAGAGCUUUGCCCAUAGGAAUCCUGUGGCUGUAGAUUGUUGACUGAUGUGGGGAUGGCUGUGCCUCUUGUGCAGGGGGGAGGGGGAGAGCUGGCAGGUAGUGGAGGGGCCUCCAGAGAUUCUAGGCUGAACUUGGGGGUGUUCUCCAGGGACCCCCGCUCGAGGGAUGGAACUGGACCUUUCUGGAGCUAGCAUUUAUUGCUUCCUGGCUCCUGGCUUUACUUCUUUUUCUCCGUUCCCAUCUGCCAGCGUCUGGACUCCCUGGGCCUUUCAGCAGACAUUUUCAGGAGCACAGGCCAUGUGGCUGGUCUGUAGCCCUGGCUCAAGGAGCGGACUUAACGCUCAGCAGAGCAGGGUUGCUGGCAUGUUCUGAAAAAAAAAAGCAGAUGGGCCGGCCUCAGGCUGGCCUCCAGAGACAAAGCUGUGUGGUGAGAUUGCUGGUGUAGCGGGCUCUUAGUACCAAGGGGGUGGGGGGAAUGGGAGGCUGAUACUUGGGGGCUGAACUGAGUCCUUUGCCCCUGGAGUAGGUUGCCCUGCCUGUGAGUGAAAUCGGUCCUGUGUGGUUGUGCUUAUUAUGGAAAUCUCUAGGUCCAUGGGCAGGUAGUAGCCUAGGAAGGCUGGGAGGGGGCUUCCCACCUGCCUGCCUGCCUGCCUUGGGGUCAGUGCGCCCAGGUUGGUCUGCUUCCUGCGGGCCAGUUUUGGGGUGUUGCUGAGUGACUGUCCUCUGGCCAGUUGACUCAAGUGCUGGUGUGCACCCAGGAUUUCUUCCUGCAGUGUUUUCCUGCCAGUUGUUGGGACUUGUAAAUUAGACUGUCGGCUUUUACAAGCGAUUCCUGAAAAGAAAAAUCUCCCUCUGGUUGCUGGCUCUGCGUAGAGGAAGAAGCAGCCCGAGGGAGCCAGGCCUUUAAUUAAAGCAAAACCGAAAUGAUUGCUGCAGUGGCUGGAAGGAGAGAAGGCAGCACAGGUGGGGCGGAGGUGAUAUGCCCUGUCCUGCAGCAAGGUACCUGCCGGGGACAGGUGUGGCCCUUUGCCUGGGAUUUCAGCAUUUGGUGAACAACUGUGAUUUUGGGGGAAGAGGACUCUGAUGUCAAGCCUGUUUCCUCCAGGUGCCAGACCAGACCUCUCCGUGCCUCAUUUUCCUUGCCUGUAAAAUGGGUUGGUAGAAAUAUUUGCGGUAACGGCCGUCAGCCGUUCUCAGAGUGGUUUGCAGACCCCUGGGGAUUCCCAGGACUCUUCAAAAUACUUAGACAUUACUGGCCUUUGUCCCCGCACUGACACAUCAUCGGUGUGAAGACGUGGUGGGCAGCGCUGCCCGAGGUGCACACUGCAUGCUCCAGCCCUGGGUGCUCGAGCUGGGACCACUGGUCUUCCUCAUGCUGUUCCAGGGAGGCCAUGCAGGUGACCCAGUGGUGACCAGGCAUUGAUGCACCCCCAGGGAGGCCACGCGCUCAAGGAGGCCACCCCCGCUGGCUGCUGCUCACAUGGUUUCUGGGCCCCUGGCACUCCGGUGGUGCGUGUGGGCAGGGCGUGGGGACAUGGGGCCCGACAUGGAACUGCCCAGCCACUCGAAGCAGCUCCUGCUGCAGCUGAACCAGCAGCGGACCAAGGGCUUCCUGUGUGACGUCAUCAUCAUGGUGGAGAACUCCAUCUUCCGGGCCCACAAGAACGUGCUGGCCGCCAGCAGCAUCUACUUCAAGUCCCUGGUCCUGCACGACAACCUCAUCAACCUGGACACGGACAUGGUCAGCUCCACGGUGUUCCAGCAGAUCCUGGACUUCAUCUACACCGGCAAGCUGCUGCCCAGUGACCAGCCAGCUGAGCCCAACUUCAGCACGCUCCUCACCGCCGCCAGCUACCUCCAGCUGCCCGAGUUGGCAGCUCUCUGCCGGCGCAAACUCAAGAGAGCUGGCAAACCCUUUGGCUCCGGGCGGGGUGGGGCCGGCCUGGGGCGGCCACCCCGCGGCCAGCGGCUGUCCACGGCCUCUGUCAUCCAGGCCCGGUAUCCGGGGCUCGUGGACGGGCGCAAGGGGGCCCACACCCCCCAGGAGCUCCCCCAGGCCAAAGGCUCCGAUGAGGAGCUCUUCCUGGGCGGCUCCAGCCAGGAGAGCGCGCACGGCCUGGGUCGGCCGGUCUGUCCAGCCAGCGGGGAGGCCGGCCUGGGUGGCUGCAGCACCAAUGGCAGUGGUGGGGGCUGCGAGCAGGAGCUGGGCCUGGACUUGUCCAAGAAAAGCCCCCCGCUGCCCCCCGCCACCCCCGGGCCCCCCCUCACCCCCGACGACCCAGCCCAGCUGAGCGACAGUCAGCAAGGCUCACCCCUCUCGGCCUCCGCCCCUCCCGUCGCCAACAGUGCCUCUUACGCCGAGCUGGGGGGCAACCCCAGUGAGCCCAUGGAUCUGGAGGGGGCCGAGGACAACCCCCUGAGCCUAUUGGAGGGGCCGGGCGGGCAGCCCCCCCGCAAGAGCCUCCGGCACUCGGCCCGCAAGAAGGAGUGGGCCAAGAAGGAGCCCGUGGCUGCCUCCCCCUUUGAGCGGAGGGAAGCAGCGCCGAAGGGUCCCUGCCCAGGGGAGGAGGCUGAAGGGCUUGGGGACAGGGUUCCCAACGGCAUCCUGGCCAGCAAUGCGGUGGCGGGCGGGCCCUACGGGGAGCCCUCAUACCCCUGCAAGGAGGAGGAGGAGAACGGCAAGGAUGGGAGUGAGGACAGUGGGCAAAGCGGGAGCGAGGGCGGCAGCGGCCAUGCUGGCGCCCACUACAUGUACCGGCAGGAGGGCUAUGAGACGGUGUCCUAUGGGGACAACCUGUAUGUGUGCAUCCCCUGCGCUAAGGGCUUCCCCAGCUCCGAGCAGCUCAACGCGCAUGUGGAGACGCACACAGAGGAGGAGCUCUUCAUCAAGGAGGAGGGUGCCUAUGAGACAGGCAGCGGGGGCGCCGAGGAGGAGGCCGAGGACCUGUCAGCGCCCAGCGCGGCCUACGCAGCCGAGCCCCGGCCCUUCAAGUGCUCGGUCUGCGAGAAGACCUACAAGGACCCGGCCACUCUGCGGCAGCACGAGAAGACUCACUGGCUGACGCGGCCCUUCCCCUGCAACAUCUGCGGCAAGAUGUUCACGCAGCGCGGCACCAUGACGCGCCACAUGCGCAGCCACCUGGGCCUGAAGCCCUUUGCCUGUGACGAGUGUGGCAUGCGCUUCACCCGCCAGUACCGCCUCACUGAGCACAUGCGCGUGCACUCGGGCGAGAAGCCCUACGAGUGCCAGCUGUGCGGGGGCAAGUUUACGCAGCAGCGCAACCUCAUCAGCCACCUGCGCAUGCACACCUCCCCCUCCUAGAAGCCAAAGACCCUUGUUGGCCUGCGGGCGCCCACGAAAGCAGGGGCACAGUGGCCAGGCCCCAGGUGUGGGGCAGUUCCUGGUGCAGCCCCCCCCCCCCCCCCAGAGCUUUAAUCCACAGUCUGUACCAAGGGGAGAAGCGGGCAGCCAGCACCCAACCCAAGUGCAUGUGGCUGCUGCGCCGUCUGCCUCCUGAUCCUGCCCGGCCCAGUUCCCCGUGAGGGCCACGGCGGGGCCUGCGGGAGUGGGUCACGGGGGGUGUCCCGCAGGCUGUGUUGGAGCAGGGGGAGUGGGGGCCUCCCUCCAUGCUGCGGGGAGCAGGGCUGCCGCGGCCGGGGUGUCUGUGCUGCCAGCCUGGCUCUGCGGGGAGCGGUGCCAGAGGGAGGGGACAGCGCCCUCCCUCCUCGAGCCAGGGGUCACCGCUCACUGGUGCUGGGACAGUCAGGGGCCCCCACCGCCUACCUCUCCACAACUAAAGAGCCCUCUGGGCCUGUGUGGCUGUUAUUCCUACUGAUCUGUUCCUUUUUUCUUUUUGAAUUCUGUUUUUUAAACCAAAACCAACAAGAGUUUAUUUUCCUUCCGGCCCCUCGGGGCUGAGCCUGGGUCUGCAGACUGAAUGUACCGGGGCAGCCACCCCCCGCUGCCCGACUGUGGGCUGCGCGCCCACCCUCCAGGCCCCAGAAGCCCUUCUUGGCCAAAGGCUUCCCUGGGCCCCGAGCCCUGCCUCGGCUGCCUCAGGAGAGAGAGUGCUUUUCCCAUAGUUUCUGAGGAAUAUUCUUUGUUUAGAGGUACUUGUUUUUUAUUAAGAGAAAACCCCGUGUAACGUGUAUGUGAAUGUUGGAACUGGAAGGUCUGGGGUUGGUGGGGGGCGGGGGGAGGCUGGCCGCGGUGCCAGGACGUUGGUACGCGUUUCCAUUUUCUCCGUGUGUGUGGUGUGCGCGGUACGUGUGGACUCAUGUCGCGUUUCCUUCCUUCCUUGCCCAUCAAGGUGGAGAGACUUCUGACCUUUUGCUACCUCUUGAAUUUGUGAGAACAGGACGUUGGUUGGUGAUGGCAGUUGUGGCCGUGACGCUUGUGUUUCCCUUCUGUCGCCCUCCUGGGCCCCCCGCCUGUGCCCCCUCUCAGAAGGGGCACCUGUACUUCCUCUGUGCGCGUGUGGCCAGCUGGCCACCCUGAAGGUGUUCUGAGUGUGCUGCUGGGCGUCAGGGAGCCCGAGCUGCCUCUCAUCUGGGCCCGAGUGGGGGUAUAGGUGCUCCAGCCCCUGGGGAGCCCCCGGCACAGGACCAGGUGCCAGGAGACGGGAGCCACACAGUGGGACAAGUUCCUGGAGGCUCCCGGCCAGGCCAGGACGGGGCGGAAGUGAGCCCCCCCCAUCCUGUCCCCUGGGCCUGCAAGAGCCUGACCUCGGGAGAGCAGCAGCCCCUACCUGACCAGUGCAGAGGGGCUGACCACAGGGAUGUGUAUAUCUUCUCCCACCCCCUUGGCAGGGUGGGGACCUGUUCUGCUUUGGCAUCUCUGGGCGGUCUGGGGAGAGGCUGGCUGCCACCCAUGGGCUCAGCCCUGAAUCCCACCCUACCCUCACCUCUCGCCUUGGGCUCUCCACCAGCCUCAGACACCUCCAUGGGCCUAGAGCCAUGCUCACAAGGCCAGGCCAAGGUCGAGAGGUCGGCACCACUGUCCUCAGCCUACUGCAGCCACAGGGCUGGACCAGCGGCUUUAUCUUCUUCGUUUUGCUUCAUGUUUUCAUUUUUCUUUUUUCUACUUUAAGUUCAGACCAAAAAAUUCCGGAGUCAUCCCCUACCCCCACCCUCCACCCCUCCAGAGACCCUCCAGCUGAAACCAGAGCCUGAGUUCAGGGACCCGAGUGGUGGGUGUUGGGAGUGAGGGCACGCAGGCCACAUGGGGCCCUGCUGAGCCCUUGGGGUACCCCCGGCCUCGGGCUGCUCCUCUCCCCUCUGGGGACUUGUGUUCCAGCAAGUCAGGCGGGGGCCCCUCCAGCGCCUCUGCUCUCCCGACCCCCCUACUCCGUCAGCACUUAAGCCACACGACAGAAGUCUGUAGCGGGAGCUGCACACACGCCCCUGGGCGUGGCCCCCGGUGAAGCAGGUGGUUCAUGGCAGAGCUUCAGGGACUGGGCGCAGAGGCCCUCACUCGACGACCUUCGUGCGACGUAGUAUUGUACCCACCUGAGUAUUGUAUCAUAUAUCGAGCCUUCUCUGUAUUUUAACAAGAAAGCGAAACACUAGUUUCCUAUUUAAGACUUUAAGGGUUUGUGGGGCGGGCGGGGUUAACACAACACUUGGUUUUGUUUUCCUUUUCCUUUGGUUUCAUGUGGAAUGUGUGCUUGUGAGUGUGUGCAUGGACGUGUGUUAGAGCCUCACCAGGAGAUUAGGCUGUUGGAGGCCAAGGGCGGCUUACAGUUCUCUGCUUUAGUCACUUAAUUCCUGAAUGUUUCGGAGAAACAGGAAACAGAAAAUAGCAGAUGUCAUGUAGGAAAGAGGAUAAACAACAACAAAAAAAAAAAGAAAAAAAAGACAAAAGCUCACAUCCAAAUUCACAAAACCUAUUUUUUAAACCAAAGCACAUUUUGAAUGCGUAUGGAACCUCAAUGGGCUCAGAAAAAAGAUACUAAUAUAUUUAUCUCAUUGUUUACAUAAACUUUUACAGUUUCAGACCUCAGCAGAUAAAAGGCCAGUCCCAGUGAACCCCACCUUCCGCCGGAGCCCCUUCUGAGUAGGCCCUGGAAUGGCUCACGGGCAGAGGGGCCGCCGUGGGGCCGGGGCAGGCGUGGAGGCCCCUGAGCCCUCCUCCCAGCCCGGGCCUCUCCCAGCCCAGCUGGCACCAAAGAGCUUGGGCCCGUGCUGACCCGCCCCCCAGGCCUCCUGGCUAGACUGUGGUGGUCCUGCCAGCUAGCCAGCUAGUAGGGGUGGCUGUCAGUUCUGGCCACAGGACCUGAGCCUGGGCUUGGGCCCUGGGAUGGAUGUGCGCCCCCAUCCCGCUGCUCUGCCUGCGACCCUUGGGUGGGUUGAUGUGAGGGUCCCUCUCAAGCCAAAAAGCCAGGACCUUUGCACAGCUCCGUCGACUCCAGCGGGUCCCCGCCCCCCUGGGGACCCCCACCUCCACCCCGGCAGUGGGAGGGGCUCACUGGGCCGGUCCUUACCUACACAGACGGUGCAAACACUCUGAACAGUGUUGUUUUUGUAUCAAUAUGUUUGUGCAGUGAUGAAUGUAUUUAUUUCUCAGACUUGGGGCGAGCGAGCGGUAGACGGCUCCACCACCGCACGCUCCCGCCAGACCGAGCCCGCCACCGGGGCUCCUCCAGGAUUGCAAAAAAGGUAAAGAAGAAAAGAUGAACCUUUAAGCAAAUACGAAUCUCAGAGACUUGCAGCAUAGCCAUACACCUCAGCCUGUGAAACGAACAAUCUGGACACAGACGGACUUUCUGAACCUCACACAGCCGUGUGUGUUACCGUUGGUCGCCACUUGGGGGCUCUGGGCUGUCCGCCGCCCCCGCCCCCACACCCACCUGUCAGUAUUCACUGGACUGGCCGUAUGCAGGAGUGCGAUCGGGGCGGGCUGGCUGGGCAGGCGGACCCCAGCCGCCCUCCCCGCGGCCGUCCUGAGUCAGGGUGAGGCCUGGGCAGCCGGGAGGGCAGGGAUCAGGGCAGAGGCGGCCGCAUCCGUCCCGUCCCCUUGGCUUGUGGGGGCGAAAGCAGAGGCGCCAGGCCUCAGAACAGACCAGGGAUCCCAGCCCUACCGGCCCCCUGUAGGGACCAAGGCCCUCGCUAUUCCCCAGAGCCAGGUUGGGCAUCAUUGAACCUGUGAACCCGAUGCCAGGAAGGGGUUGUGGAGCGGGGCCUGACCAGAGCCUCAGUCUGACAUUCCAAAUCGGGGUGGGUGUACGCUGUGGGAAUUGAGGCUGCCUGGGACCCCUUGCCUAGGACCACCCAUCCCCCACCGGGCUUGUCACCCCACUUUAAUUUUCUACCGGGAACCCCUCCCCCUACCUCACCUUGCUAUUUAUUGCUGUAAUUUAUUGACCUCAAAUAUGCUGCAUAACAGACCUCACUCAGGGCAGAGAGGAUCCCCAGGGCUCCCCCCCUCCACUUGGCGGGGCCCUGUGGGGCCAGGUGCUGAGGGGAACCUCUCUGUCCCCCACCCAUCAUUUGCUUUCCCCCUCCCCCGUUGAGGGACCCCAGGUUGGGCACUGGCCCAUUCACAAAUACCUCGAGGGGGAGGGGAGGGAUGGGGUUAUAGCUGUUUUGUUUAAUGGGAACUGGAAGAGGGAUCAUGUCCUGCUACACGCCCUUCCCCGGAAGGGGGGACCACGAUCGCACUCCUGUACUGGCCACCGCCACUGUCAGUCAUCACACUGAGUUCACUUCCCUCGAGAAUUUGGAUAAAUUCAGGUCAGAGCUGCAGGUAUGCAACCCUCAAGUGUCAUAGUAAAGCAGUUCACCGAUCUCUCCAUUCAGAAGCGUGCAGUCUUAAUGUACAGUGAUGAGAAACUGUUAUUUUAUGAUCUUUUCAUUAAAAGCUUGAUUGAAAACUUG